AAUAGCGAGGUGUUCAAUGGAACUAAAUGGUAUGCCGUGGUGUGGAGUGGAGUGGGUGGUCGUCAGAUGUGGAGUUAGUAAUAUCGAGGUGUUCAGUGGAACUGAGUGGUAUGCUGUGCUGUGGAGUGGGGUGGUGCUGUGUGGAGUGAAGAGUAGAGCGGAGUAUGACCUCACGUGAUGUGACGCGCAAGUAAUAAGCAAGACGUAUUUACUAACACUUCUGGGCCCGGUUACACAAAGCACUCGUAACACUUACGUCAGACGUACGCCACACAUUAGGUAUGGUGUACGUCUGACGUAAGUGUUACGAGUGUUUUGUGUUACCGGGCCCAGAUGUGCUGCUCCCCAAAUCUAGCCUACGAAUGAAAAGAAAACCGAUAUUAAAACGAACACAACAGUCUAUUGGAUUCAGAUCUAUUAUCUGCUACUUCUACCCUUUCGCUGUGUUUAAAUCUGAAGUCCUCUUUGAGAUCGAAACCCAGGGCAAAUAGCCAACCUGUCCACAACUUUGACCUUUGGUCUUGUUCUAGCCCUGUGAUCAAACUGAACAUGUCCUCUGUAUUUUCAGAUCUGUAGACAGACUUGUUAACUCAGCACUUUUAACAUGGCUGUUGGAAUUAGCAAAGCCCUGCUCGGCUCAAUUUUCUGUUUCGUGAUCCUGUCCUGUGCUGCCGAGGACGGUGUCAGCCAGUCUCACGGAGUCCUCUACACGAAAGAUCCGCGCUUUACGAAUAGAAUUGUUGAAAAGGACGCACUACUCGAGAGGAAACUGAACCGCGAGGAAUGUGCCGUGCAGUGUUCUGGCCUGGCAGCGUGUGUCAGCUUCUUCUGGACAAAGCCAGACGAUUGUCGUCUGCUCUCGGAGAAAUUCGACUUCAACUCCGUGUCGAACCAGCUGAAGGACUCGCCAAGAACGCAAUACUUCAUCAUUAACACAAAUUAAGAGGAAACAAAAAGACGUUUUGCCUUUGUUGGAGAAAAGAAACACCAAACAACGUUGCUCUAAAACGUUGUGACAUAAUCAAAUAUAACGGAAAUAAAAAAUAACAGUAUUAAAAAAAAUAACAGUGAUCUUCACAGGCGCCAGACUAGGCUAGUGUACGUUAUACUUACUACAGUCAGACGACUGAAAUGUAAAGAUUUGACAUUUACUUAACCGAUGAAAAUAACACAACAUACUUGUAUAAUGUUUUAUUAAUAUAACAUAUGAUUAUUGUCAUUGAUUCAACAAUAAAACGUCUACACUCAUUCGAUAUUCACCGUCCCGAGUAGGAUACAAGUUUAUAGAAUGCUUGCUUACGAAAUCCGCGUCUCGUAUUUUCAAUUUCUUCUUAGUUUUUGUGUAUGGCUUAAUUCUUAACAUUAAACAAUACCAGUUAUUAUAGUUGUUUAUUGUUGUUGUUUUUGUUUGGCAAGGUUUUUCUUUUUAAUUUGUAUACAUUUAUUAUUUAAACGUUUUAUGUUUCACCUGACUUAACAUAUUGCACAGUAAUAAUUAUGGAAACAAUUUAUUUUGGAGGUAAAACGAUUAAAGGCAUAUUGUCACAGACCACUGACCUGUUAAAUGACCUAACAAAGUACUACCUGAAUUUUUUUUAAUUGAUUUGUUCAUAAACAUAUUUUAUUCAACCAUCUACGUAGUCAC